GCACCGGGUGAAAUUACGCGAACCAGUGAGCAGCCAGUGGAAGAGGGGAGGGCAGAAGGAAGAGAGAGAGAAAAAAAGAGAUAGAAAGAGUGAAGCAGCAGAGAAAGAGAGGGAGGAAGCAAGCGCUGUAGUUUAGCCUCUGCGAAGCUGCUGUUCGACGGGAAGAGAAGUUUGACUCAACGGCGACGCUGACUGAGCCAACCCGGUUGUUGUUAGCCACCCUCUGAAAGGCGUCUUGCACCCGAAAAGCAGCUACCAUGACAGACGCAGACAAGUUUCUGUACGUGGACCGUAAUCUGGUCAACAACCCGCUGGCACAGGCGGACUGGGCCACCAAGAAGCUGGUAUGGGUGCCGUCGGAGCGCCUUGGGUUCGAGGCCGGCUCCGUGAAGGAGGAGCGCGGCGACGAGUGCGUGGUGGAGCUGGCAGACUCUGGGAAGAAGAUCAAGGUGAACAAGGAUGACAUCCAGAAGAUGAACCCGCCCAAAUUCAGCAAGGUGGAGGACAUGGCCGAGCUCACCUGCCUGAAUGAAGCGUCCGUGCUGCACAACCUGAAGGAGAGAUAUUACUCUGGGCUCAUAUAUACAUACUCUGGUCUCUUCUGUGUCGUCAUAAACCCCUACAAGAACCUGCCCAUCUACUCAGAGGAGAUUGUUGAAAUGUACAAGGGCAAGAAGAGGCAUGAAAUGCCGCCUCAUAUCUAUGCCAUCACUGACACAUCCUACAGAAGCAUGAUGCAGGAUCGUGAAGACCAGUCCAUCCUGUGCACAGGCGAGUCUGGUGCUGGUAAGACAGAAAACACCAAGAAGGUCAUCCAGUAUCUCGCUCAUGUGGCCUCCUCUCAUAAGACAAAGAAAGAUCAGAACAGCUCGAUCCUGUCACAUGGGGAGCUGGAGAAGCAGCUGCUGCAGGCUAACCCCAUCCUAGAAGCCUUUGGAAAUGCCAAGACAGUCAAAAAUGACAACUCCUCCAGAUUUGGAAAAUUCAUCAGGAUCAACUUUGAUGUCAAUGGUUACAUCGUCGGUGCCAAUAUUGAAACUUACCUGUUGGAGAAAUCUCGUGCCAUUCGCCAGGCCAAAGAUGAGAGGACCUUUCACAUCUUUUACUACAUGCUCACAGGAGCUGGAGACAAAUUGCGCUCUGAUCUCCUCCUGGAAAAUUACAACAACUAUCGCUUCCUUUCCAACGGGAAUGUUACAAUUCCGGGGCAGCAAGACAAGGAUCUGUUUACAGAGACCAUGGAGGCUAUGAAGAUCAUGAGCAUUCCAGAGGACGAGCAGAUAGGCAUGCUGAAGGUGGUGGCCUCUGUUCUGCAGCUUGGAAACAUGAGCUUCAAGAAGGAGCGUCACACCGAUCAGGCGUCCAUGCCUGACAACACAGCUGCUCAGAAGGUGUGUCACCUCAUGGGCAUGAACGUCACAGACUUCACCAGGGCCAUUCUGUCACCCAGGAUCAAGGUGGGCCGAGACUACGUCCAGAAGGCUCAGACCCAGGAGCAGGCAGAGUUUGCUGUGGAAGCCCUGGCCAAGGCUACGUAUGAAAGGAUGUUCCGCUGGCUGGUCAUGAGGAUCAACAAAGCCCUCGACAAGACCAAGAGACAGGGAGCCUCCUUCAUCGGCAUCCUGGACAUCGCUGGCUUUGAGAUCUUUGAGCUGAACUCAUUUGAGCAGCUGUGCAUCAACUACACCAACGAGAAGCUGCAGCAGCUCUUCAACCACACCAUGUUCAUCCUGGAGCAGGAGGAGUAUCAGAGGGAGGGCAUCGAGUGGAGCUUCAUCGACUUCGGCCUCGACCUGCAGCCCUGCAUCGACCUCAUUGAGAAACCUGCCAGUCCUCCUGGCAUCCUCGCCCUGCUGGAUGAGGAGUGCUGGUUUCCCAAGGCCACAGACAAGAGCUUUGUGGAGAAGGUGCUCCAGGAGCAGGGCACACACCCCAAGUUCCACAAGCCCAAGAAACUGAAGGAUGAGGCAGAUUUCUGCAUCAUGCAUUAUGCUGGCAAGGUGGACUACAAGGCAGAUGAGUGGCUGAUGAAGAACAUGGACCCCUUGAAUGACAACGUGGCGACACUCCUCAACCAGUCCACUGACAAGUUUGUGUCUGAGCUGUGGAAGGACGUGGACCGCAUUGUGGGUCUGGAUAAGGUGUCUGGCAUGUCAGAGAUGCCCGGUGCCUUCAAAACCCGUAAAGGCAUGUUCCGCACAGUGGGCCAGCUGUACAAAGAGCAGCUGUCCAAGCUCAUGGCCACGCUGAGGAACACAAACCCCAACUUUGUCCGCUGCAUCAUCCCCAACCACGAGAAAAAGGCUGGUAAACUGGACCCCCACCUGGUUCUGGAUCAGCUGAGGUGUAAUGGUGUGCUGGAGGGAAUCCGUAUCUGCAGACAGGGCUUCCCCAACCGCAUCGUCUUCCAGGAGUUCAGACAGAGGUAUGAGAUCCUCACUCCCAAUGCCAUCCCCAAGGGGUUCAUGGAUGGAAAGCAGGCCUGUGUGCUCAUGAUCAAGGGUCUGGAGCUGGAUCCCAACCUGUACCGCAUCGGCCAGAGCAAAGUCUUCUUCAGAGCGGGAGUCCUCGCUCAGCUGGAGGAGGAGAGGGACAUGAAGAUCACAGACAUCAUCAUCAGUUUCCAGGCCUGGUGCAGAGGCUACGUGGCCCGCAAGGCUUUCGCCAAGAGACAGCAGCAGCUGACUGCAAUGAAGGUGAUCCAGAGGAACUGUGCUGCUUACCUUAAACUCAGGAACUGGCAGUGGUGGAGGCUCUUCACAAAGGUGAAGCCUCUGCUGCAAGUCAGCAGACAGGAGGAGGAGAUGCAAGCCAAGGAUGAAGAGCUGGUUAAGGUGAAGGAGAAGCACCUCUAUGCUGAGAAGCAGCUCCAGGAGAUGGAGGAGAAACAGCAGCAGCUGAGUGCUGAGAAGAUGGCCCUGCAGGAGCAGCUUCAGGCCGAAACAGAACUCUGUGCCGAGGCUGAGGAAAUGAGAGCCCGUCUGGCUGCCAAGAAGCAAGAACUGGAGGAGAUUCUCCACGACCUGGAGGCCCGUGUGGAGGAGGAGGAAGAGCGUGCUUCUCAUCUGUCUUCAGAGAAGAAAAAGAUGCAGCAAAAUAUUACUGACUUGGAGCAGCAGCUGGACGAGGAAGAGGCUGCCAGACAGAAACUUCAGCUGGAAAAGGUCACACUGGAGGCCAAGAUGAAGAAGAUAGAAGAUGAUGUUAUGGUUUUAGAUGACCAAAACAACAAACUGAACAAGGAGAAGAAGCUGCUGGAGGAGAGGAUCUCUGAGUUCACCACUAACCUGGCAGAGGAGGAAGAGAAAUCCAAGAGCUUGCAGAAACUCAAGACCAAACACGAGGCCAUGAUCACAGACCUGGAGGACCGCCUGCGUAGGGAGGAGAAGGGCCGUCAGGAGCUGGAGAAGAACCGUCGUAAGCUGGAGGGCGACUUCACCGAGAUACACGAUCAGAUUGCUGAGCUGCAGGCCCAGAUUGCUGAGCUCCGUGCCCAGCUGGCGAAGAAGGAGGAAGAGCUCCAGGCUGCUCUGGCCAGGAUGGAAGAGGAGGCUGCACAGAAGAACCUGGCCCAGAAAAAGAUCCGUGAGUUGGAGGCUCAGCUCUCUGAACUGCAGGAGGAUUUGGAGCUGGAGAGGCAGGCCCGCAUCAAGGCAGAGAAACAUCGCAGGGACCUUGGAGAAGAACUUGAGGCCCUCAAGACCGAGCUCGAGGAUACUAUAGACUCCACUGCUGCUCAGCAGGAACUCAGGGCCAAACGUGAGACGGAGGUGGCACAGCUUAAAAAGACCCUCGAAGAUGAAGCCAAAGUCCACGAACACCAGCUGAUUGAGAUAAGGCAGAAACAUGGUCAGGCCUUCGAUGAGCUCAAUGACCAGCUGGAGCAGGCUAAGAGGAACAAAGUGUCGAUGGAGAAGGCUAAACAGGCCCUGGAGUCAGAGAGGAACGAGCUGUCCAUCGAGCUACAGACGCUGAUGCAGGGCAAAACGGAUUCAGAGCAUCGCCGGAAGAAGGCUGAAUCUCAGGUCCAGGAGCUGCAGCUUAAACACUCAGAGAGUGAGCGCCAGAGGAUGGAGCUGGCUGAGAAACUUGCAAAAACGCAGGCUGAACUGGAAAAUGUUACCGGUGUUCUCAAUGAAGUGGAGAGCAAGUCCGUUAAGGCAGUGAAAGACUGCUCUGCUGUGGAAUCCCAACUGCAGGACACCCAGGAACUACUCCAGGAAGAGACACGCCAGAAAUUGUCACUUAACACACGUCUGCGCCAGCUUGAGGAUGAACAAAACAACCUGAGGGAACAGCUGGAGGAAGAAGAGGAGUCCAAGAGGAACGUAGAGAAGCAGCUUCAAACAGUGCAGGCUCAGCUCGCUGAAAUGAAGAAAAGGGUAGAUCAGGAUGCUGGGGUUCUGGAAACAGCUGAAGAGGCAAAGAAGAAGGUCCAAAGGGACCUGGAGAUGACAAACCAGCGUCUGGAGGAGAAAAAUUCUGCCUAUGAAAAGUUGGACAAAACAAAGACACGUCUCCAGCAAGAGUUGGACGACCUGAUAGUAGACCAGGACCACCUCCGACAGAUUGUCAGCAACCUGGAGAAGAAGCAGAAGAAGUUUGACCAGAUGCUGGCAGAGGAGAAGACCAUCUCUGCCCGCUAUGCAGAAGAGCGUGACCGGGCUGAAGCUGACUCCCGUGAGAAGGAGACUAGGGCAUUGGCUCUAACUCGGGAGCUGGACUCUCUGAUGGACAUCAAGGAUGAACUGGACCGCAACAACAAACUGCUCAAGGCUGAAAUGGAGGACCUGGUAUCCUCUAAAGAUGACGUUGGCAAGAAUGUCCACGAGCUGGAGAAGUCCAAACGUUCUCUGGAGCAGCAGCUGGAGGAGAUGAAGACUCAGCUGGAGGAGCUGGAGGACGAGCUGCAGGCCACAGAGGACGCCAAGCUGCGUCUGGAGGUCAACAUGCAGGCAAUGAAGGCCCAGUAUGAGAGAGACCUGGCAGGACGUGACGAGAUGGGCGAGGAGAAGAAAAGGGCUCUGGUUAAACAGGUGCGGGAGAUGGAGCUGGAGCUGGAGGAUGAGAGGAAGCAGCGUUCUGCAGCCGUGGCGUCGCGCAAGAAGCUGGAGCUGGACUUGAAGGAGCUGGAGGCCGCCAUCGACAUGGCCAACAAGAACCGUGACGAGGCUCUGAAACAGCUCAAAAAAGUCCAAGCCCAGAUGAAGGAUCUCAUCCGGGAGCUGGAAGAUACCCGCAUGUCCCGAGAAGAGAUCCUCGCCCAGAGCAAGGAGACUGAGAAGAAGCUGAAAGGCAUGGAGGCCGACAUGAUCCAGAUGCAGGAGGAGCUGGCGGCUGCAGAGCGAGUCAAGAGACAGGCCCAGCAGGAGAGAGACGAACUGCAGGAUGAGAUAAAUAACCAGGCUGCCAAGAACGCUCAGGUUGCAGAGGAGAGGAGACGGCUGGAGGCUCGUAUCGCUCAGCUGGAGGAAGAGUUGGAGGAGGAGCAGUGCAAUACUGAGCUGACCAGUGACAGGCUGAAGAAAGCAAUGCUGCAGACCGAUCAGAUGAACGUGGAGCUGACUGCCGAGCGCAGCACCUGCCAGCGUGUCGAAGGCGCUCGCUCCCAGCUGGAGCGCCAGAACAAGGAGCUGAAACUGAAACUGCAGGAGCUCGAGGGAACAAUCAAGUCCAAGUACAAGGCCAACAUGUCUGCCCUGGAGGCAAAGAUCGCUCAGCUGGAGGAGCAGCUGGACAUGGAGACCAGGGAGAGGCAGGCUGCCACCAAGCUGGUGAGACGCACCGAGAAGAAACUGAAGGAAUUCAUCCUCCAGGUGGAUGACGAGAGGCGCAACACAGAGCAGUACAAGGACCAGGUGGACAAACUGAACUCCCGUUUGAAGCAGCUGAAGCGUCAGCUGGAGGAGGCUGAGGAGGAGGCCCAGAGAGCCAACGCCAACCGAAGAAAACUUCAGAGGGAGCUGGAGGACGCCACGGAGUCCGCAGAAGUCAUGAACCGUGAAGUCACCUCCCUCAAGAACAAGAUCAGGCGUGGCGACCUUCCCUUCACUGUGCGCCGCACCGUCACCCGCACCGGCAUUGAAAGUGACGAGGAGAGCGAGCCCAAAACCGAGACCCCCGAGCCGAAGCCUGAAUGAACGGUGCCGCUCCGCUCCUUAGAACUGCAUCAGAAACAGACAGACCCAAACACACACAUGAGUACACAUUACUGUAACUCCAACGGAGAGGAACACAAACACGAGAAUGUUGUCCAGACUAGAGACAGGGAUUCAGCUCCUUCCUUCACGUUUAGUCCUGCGACAGUCUGAUCUCCUGAAUGGUGACAAUCUAUGCAUCUUUAACACACUUUUACACACACAAAAGCCAGUAAACUCGGACAAUCACCAUGCUGACAAACACUCACACAAUAUUUUUGGGCCAAAUUUUUCUUUUGCGUCAUUUUUCUUUCUCUGGGAAAAGUUUAAAAAAAAAAGCAAAAAAAAACAGAACAUAUUUUUUAUAAAACAACAUUCCACUUAUAAUAGUCCUAAUUUAGGAUCUAUUUUUCUAAUUGAAGAAAAAAGAAAGAAGUGAACUUAAAUGAAGACAGAUUACUGGAAGGGGACCAAAGUAAUAUCUCAAUCUAUAGACUUGUAUUUUAUGCAGACGUUUUUAUAAUGGUUAAAGAUGGAAGUGCUUCGUGUUUAUUAUUCUCGCGCUCUCGCCUCAGUUUAUUCAGACGGUUUGUAUGCUGAAAUGUAUUCUAUCACUUUAGCUGCAGUUAGCACUUGUGACUACGCUUUUGGGCUUAAAUAUUUGUUACAUUUCACGCGGAAGCUAAAUCGGAGGCAGAUGUCAAGUAACAAUUGGAGACUCAUUGGAAAAACUGAAGGCAUUUGAUUGUGACUGUGCGGAAAUUUCUUAAUUUUGCACUGAGAUGAAAACAAACAACACUUUAGCCUAGAUAUAAUAAACCACUGCAUCUGUGUGUUUUAGUAAAACCGGUGACAGAAGCGCGUGCUCAUUCAGUGCAUGCACACACGGCCAACACACCUUUAAAUGCAGCUGAAACCUACAGGGCUUCUGUCGGCUUCUUUCUGGACAUGCAUUGAUUUUUAUGUUUGUCCCUAUCAGUGUUUUUGUUAAAGAUUAAAUGAGGUGGUGGGGUCAUGUUUUUUACUCACAGCACACACUGUAUUCUCAAGGCACAGCUUGUUGAGAGAGCCGAGGUUAUCAUGAACCAAAGGCAGACUUAGGAGGCAUCACCGAAACAACCUGUGGUCACUCGACUCUGACGAACACGAGUUUCUGUAGAGAUACAAGCUAUUUGUGUGGACGGUGUGAACCCUCACAGGCUGUGCCCAGGGUCGGCUUUUGGCUCACACUGCUGGAAAGUGAGAGGAACAUGUUGUUACUGAAGAAUAACAGCUCACGGUUAAAAGGAUCACAUCUUUCGCACUUAAAGGAAAUCCAAAAAAAAAUAAAAAAAUACUGCAUCUCAAUUAUUUUGUAAUGUUUCUGUCUGCACCUCUGGAAUGGAAAUCAUGUUGUGAAUUAUUGGUAUUAUUACAAUUAAAGAUGCUUUCUAAACUGCUAA